GGAGGGAGUCCGGAUCGUGGAGGAUAAAUGCGCAGUCCAGGUGGAGGAGCGCCGAGGAUUCUGCCGCUGGGUUUGACGUUGAGGGCUCAUCAUGGGGAACUGGAUUGUCAACAAUGGACUCUCGGCGUUCAUACUGGUGGUCUGGAUGGGAAUCAACAUCUUCCUUUUCGUCUGGUUUUACUUAUUCUACGAUUUGGGGGAUCAGUUCAUCUACACGCGUUCUCUUCUAGGGUCCGCCUUGGCCUGGGCCAGAGCUCCUGCAGCGGUCCUCAACUUCAACUGCAUGCUGAUCCUCCUCCCGGUGUGCAGGAACCUGCUGUCGUUUUUCCGAGGCUCCUUGAUGUGUUGUGGGAGAACAAUGAGGAAACAACUGGAUAAAAACAUAAGUUUCCACAAGCUGGUGGCGUACAUGAUCGCUCUAAUGACAGCCGUUCACACGAUCGCCCACCUGAUCAACGUGGAGCGGUACAACAACAGCAGACUAGGAGACAAUAGCGAACUCGCCAAGGAGCUUUCAGAGCUGGAAGACAGCGACAACACCACCUACCUGAACCCCAUCCGCACCACCAACGUUCACCCACAGCAGACCCCGACGUACUUUGUCUUCACCACCAUUGCCGGCCUCACGGGCGUCAUCAUCACUCUGGCGCUCAUCCUCAUCAUCACCUCCUCCAUGGAGGUCAUCAGACGCAGCUACUUUGAGGUCUUCUGGUACACCCACCACCUGUUCGUGGUCUUCUUCAUUGGGCUUGUGUUUCACGGAGCAGGAUACAUUGUGAGGAAGCAAGUGACGACGGAUCCGCCGCACAACGCCACGUUUUGUAGAGACCGACCUAGCGAUUGGGGACUGAUUCCCGCGUGUCCCGUCCCUCAGUUUUCAGGAGGACCGGCACAGACCUGGUGGUGGGUGAUCGGACCCAUGAUCCUCUACAUCUUUGAGCGCGUGCUGCGUUUCAUUCGUUACAUGCAGGCGGUAACGUACAGGAAGAUUGUGCUGCAUCCCUCCAAGGUGCUGGAGCUGCAGCUGAUGAAGAACGGCUUCAAAAUGGAGGUGGGCCAGUACGUCUUCCUCAACUGCCCGGCAAUCUCCCAGCUGGAGUGGCACCCGUUCACCAUGACCUCGGCCCCGGAGGAGGACUUCUUCGCUGUGCACAUCCGCUCGGCCGGGGACUGGACUGAUAAACUCAUCGACAUCAUGAAGAAUCUUCCAGAGGGGACACAGGGACCCAAAAUGGGUGUGGACGGGCCGUUUGGCACCGCCAGCGAGGACGUUUUCGACUACGAGGUCAGCAUGCUGGUUGGCGCGGGCAUCGGAGUCACGCCCUUCGCCUCCAUCCUCAAGUCGAUCUGGUACAAGUUCAAAAUCUCCAACCCCAAACUGCGCACCAGAAAGAUCUACUUCUAUUGGAUCUGCCGGGAAACCCACGCCUUCGAAUGGUUUGCCGACCUCCUGCAGGGGCUGGAGAGGGAGAUGGAGGAGAGGGGAAUGGUGGAUUUCCUCACCUACAAACUCUAUCUGACCGGAUGGGAUCAGGGCCAUGCUAACCACGCCCGGAUUCACUCUGACGAGGACACAGACGUGGUCACCGGGCUCAAACAGAAAACCAACUACGGCAGACCCGCCUGGGACAAGGAGUUCGAGCAAGUCCGCAAAGAAAACCCCACGUCUGUGGUGGGAACGUUCUUGUGUGGCCCAGCGGUUCUGGCAAAGAUUUUGGAAAAAAAAUGUGCCAAAUACUCAGACGUGGAUCCUCGGAAGACCAGAUUUUACUUCAACAAGGAGAACUUUUGAGUGGAG